GGUCAGGCCCUGGGUGUCCCUGCCCCCCCCCACCCCCCGAGGAAAGGCGGCCCUGUGAGGGCACCGGCCGUCUCUGAGCGGGGACUGUGGUAUCCCGCCCCGCUCCUUCUCCCCUCAGCAUCCUUCCGUACCCGCCGGGGUCGGGCUGGCUUUCUCCAGCCGGCCAGGAGACGGGAUCAGCCCCAGGGUUAUGCCCCUUCCUUGCCUUCCAGGGGCAUCUCGCAGGGCUGCCAGGCGGUCGUAAACCGUCCCCGGGUUCUCCAUCCCGCCCCUGUUGGUGUUGCUGAGGUUACCCCCGCUUCCCCGGCAAGUUUUUGUGGCAAAGGCCUCCCCAGGCCCGCUCGCCUUCGAGCAUGGAGUUCGCGGAGCUGAUCAAGACCCCUCGAGCGGACAACGUCGUCCUGCACCGCCCGUUCUACCUGGCGGUGGAGGGGACUCUCUGCUUAACUGGCCAUCAUCUCAUUUUUUCAUCACGGCGUCAAGAUAACGCUGAGGAGCUGUGGCUGCUGCACUCCAACAUUGAUUCUAUUGAAAAAAGGUUUGUGGGCUCAUUGGGUACCAUCAUUAUAAAAUGCAAAGAUCUGCGAAUUAUUCAGCUUGAUAUACCUGGAAUGGAGGAGUGUUUGAACAUUGCUAGCUCUAUUGAGGCGCUUUCCACUCUGGAUUCUGUCACUCUCAUGUAUCCAUUCUUCUACCGGCCCAUGUUUGAAAUCGUUGAAGAUGGCUGGCGCUGCUUUCUGCCUGAUGAAGAAUUUGAGCUCCUCAGUUCAGUGACAGACGAAUGGCGUCUAAGCUGCAUCAAUAAGGAAUUCUCUGUCUGUCCCUCCUACCCUCCGGUUGUCAUUGUCCCCAAAUCCAUCGAUGAUGAAGCGCUUCGGAAAGUUGCCAUGUUUCGCCAUGGCAGUCGCUUCCCAGUCCUCAGCUAUUACCAUAAGAAGAAUGGGAUGGUCAUGAUGCGAAGUAGCCAGCCUCUUACAGGUACAAAUGGGAGGCGGUGUAAAGAAGACGAGAAGCUUAUUAAUGCCACGCUACGGCCUGGCAAGCGUGGCUACAUCAUUGAUACGAGGUCCUUGAAUGUUGCCCAGCAGGCCAGGGCCAAAGGAGGGGGCUUUGAACAAGAAGCGCACUAUCCCCAGUGGAGGAGGAUUCACAAAUGUAUUGAGAGGUUUAAUAUUCUGCAAGAAAGCCUCAUCAAACUUGUGGAAGCUUGUAAUGACCAGUCGCACAAUAUGGACCGCUGGCUCAGUAAACUGGAAGCUUCCAACUGGCUGACUCAUGUCAAAGAGAUACUAACUGCAGCUUGUCUAGCUGCUCAGUGCAUUGACAGGGAAGGUGCAUCAGUGUUAGUCCAUGGGACUGAAGGAACUGAUUCAACACUCCAGGUGACUUCUCUGGCACAGAUUAUCUUGGAUCCAAGGUGCAGGACCAUACGUGGCUUUGAAUCUCUUGUUGUGAGGGAGUGGCUGCAGGCUGGUCACCCUUUUCAGCAGCGCUGUGCCCAAUCAGCCUAUUCAAAUAGCAAGCAGAAAUGGGAGGCCCCAGUGUUUCUCCUCUUUUUGGACUGUGUGUGGCAAAUCCUUCGUCAGUUCCCUUGCUCUUUUGAAUUCAACGAACAGUUCCUCAUUAUGCUCUUUGAACAUGCUUACGCUUCACAGUUUGGGACUUUCCUGGGAAACAACGAAAAUGAAAGGUCUAAACUGAAGCUGCCGCAAAAGACUAUGUCCCUGUGGUCCUGGGUGAACAGGUCUGAAGAGCUGAGCAAAUUCCAGAAUCCUCUUUUUGAGGCCAACAGCCUUGUCAUCUGGCCUUCCGUUGCCCCACAGAGCCUGCAGCUCUGGGAAGGUGUCUUUCUUCGGUGGAACAGGCCUUCCAAGUUCCUAGACGAAGCCCAUGAAGAAAUGAUCAACAUUAUAAAAUACAACAAGGAACUUCAGGCAAAGGUUAAUGCAUUGAGGAGGCAGCUAGCACAGUUGCAAACAGCUGAUAGGAUGCAGGAGAACCUAAGACAUACACAACUGGGCAUAGUGUCCUCUCUUGGCAGCUCUUCUGUCUCGAAAUUGAAUACAGUGUCAGCAGAAGCUGGAACUCUAACCUCAACCCAACUGUAUGGAUGACCAGGAUGGGCCAAGAGACUGGAUGUUUCAGAUUUAUUUUGGACUUUUUCUGGUUUUGUUGAACUCUCUAAACACUCGGCAGGAUUAAAAUACAAAGUUAUGUACAGAUAGGUAAAGGCUUUUUGUCUGAAAGCACCUUUUCUCUCCAAGAGUAAGUAAGGCAGCUUAGUUCUUUAGUUUCCUGGAAAAACUAGAAAAUGGUAUAAUCUAACUACAGGUUCUACCAGUCUAUAUGAUACUCUCAGUAGCCUUCACAUCUAACACUUGUUUUUUUGUGUUAAGCAUUGGCUUGGGAGCAGUAAGUUGAACACCAAACCAGAGCAAGAAAUUUCAGUGCAAUACAGAACUGAAGUAGGGAUUCUGCUGCUAGUGUUUAAGCCAUGACCUUCAGGUGGAAUUGUCCCUCGUGGACAAAUAUCUCCUAAGGAACAACAAGCUUUUUUUUUUUCAUUCUACCUGGAAAACAAAAAGGUUAAGUAGUUGGUGGCGGUGUUCACUUGCAGAACAGUGGCUCAGAGCUGUUCUUUUAACUAGAGCCAAGCUGCCCUCUUGAAACUUCAGACUGUACUGGCUGUUUUUGUACACUUGAACAGGUUCACAGCACUGCUAGGGUGCAAGAGCAGCACUUAAUGUACAACUCAACAAAACACUUUUGCUCCACCUGGUGUGCUUUUUCCUCUCAUGCUCUUACUACACGUUUUGUGAAACUUCAAAAGCAGAAGUUAGGAGUUGAGGUGAUCUAAUGUAUCAGGUAGCUGCUGCAGAUUAAGAGGCCACCACACUACAAAAAAUGCUAAUAGUUUAGGUCAUUUGUAGCUGCUAAAACUGCUUAAAGACUUUAGGGAUAAGCUUUUUUUUUUCCAAGUAACUUUGUAUUUUGUAGCUGAUCUUUGUGUUUCUGUGAAUGCAGUCUGCUUUUAUAAAAUCAGAGGUUUUGCUAGAGAUUUUUUUUCUCCUUUAAAAAGACACAUAAGAGUGGGUCUGAAAUAUUAACUCACUUAGGCAUUCGUUCAGCUUGAUUCCAUUAGUAGCUGUACAUGACUGAGAAGACUUGAAUUAACAACAGCACAUGUGGCUGGGAUUAUCUCAAAAGGCGCUUGCUGUUAGCCUAUUUCUAUUGAAAUGAAUGGAGCUGCGUUAGGUCAGUGUCGAUCUCUUCGGAAACUGUUGAGCUUCCGUGACACUUUAUGCUGUUUUGGAAUGAAGCUGCCUUUAUUUAAAAGCCACUUCACAAAGAUAGAUAUAUGUGAAAAUGCAGGAUCUUUAGUCGUCAUAGAAGUAUCUGGAUAACAAUCUGCAAAAAUCAUGUAACCACUAAAUAUAUUCUAAGAAAAGUUCUAUAAUCAAGGAGGCUAUAUAAAAUUAUGUGAUAGUGAUUAAGUGCUACCUUAAUGCCUUUUGAUUCAGUCCUUAUUUCCUUAAUUAUGUUCUUCUCAACUAACCUAAACUUAGUCCUAGAGUCAUCUGGCUUAAAAAAUAAAAAGAUCCCUUUUAAACUAUUGUUCACUUAAGGCAGAAGAAUUAAUUCCCCCCUACUUGUAAUACCAGUUUCUUUUUAGGUUUGGAGAGCGACAGUCUCGUUCACUAAAUCAAAUCUGACAUAAAGAAUGCUUCUCAGGGUGGCUGGUGAUUGGUACCACGCAACAGGGGAGGCACAAGUUGGCCAUGCCUUCCACCUCCAAACACUGGCUUCUGGAGCUACCUUCUGGAUAUAUUGCAAAUGUAAGCCCUUAAAAUUAUUGCUCACCCUUUAAGAUUAUGUCUGUGGGAUCUGCAUCUGCCUGGGUGUUGUAUCCCUAUCCAGUUCAGAAUUUCUACUGUUCCUGUACAUCUAAAAUACAUUAUCACUAGCCAGAUGAGAAGGAUUCAGAAGGCACUAUUUUCCCCAUAAUAGACUAUACAUAAAACACACGUAAAGGUUAUGUAAUUUCCUAACAUAGUAAUUAUAUAUUGAGCUAAAUAAUAGAGAAGCAAAGGGGUGGGGUUUUUUUGAUCUAAUUGCCUGGCUGCUCUAGUCUCUUGUGCAAACUGCAGGCAUCUGAGGAAAUUGGGCAACCAGCUGUGACAGCUAACAAAAGGCAGAAAAUUCUCUCUGAGCUGGCAUUUCAUCCUUGACUUGUGUUUCAGGACUGAAUCCACACCCAAGUGCUGUGUGCUUGCCUUGGCUUAGUGGUAGUGUGGAUCACAGCCUUCAUGUGAAAAUGCUAGUGUUAUUCUGAGCAGCCACAGCAGUUUCUUCCCCAGUUCCUCUGCCAUGCAUCACCUUGUAUUCACAGCAAACAGCAGGAGCUGGAGGCUUAAGUUAACCUGCAAAUAAUCACCUUCAUGAGACGUUACCUGGAGCGGUCCAGCAAGGUAUUGCACGUGAUGGAGUUGAGAUGAGAUGUGUGGACCCUUGCAGGUCCUCCUGGGAGCAGACAGUUCACAGACCUCUUAUGUCAGGCUACUUGUACGUUCUCUUUUAACCUUUUCAUUCCCAGUGCUUCCCAGGCUCCAGUCAGGUGGCUACUGGUAAUACACACCAGAGCACUCCAGGUCUUUGCUUACCUGCAUGUCCAUCAUAUUUAAUCACAUAUUUAAUAUUGAUGAUCAACUUGCUUGCUCUUAGAGGGGGGGAUGUCUGCUGGACUCUGCCACAAGAAGUCACUGACACCCUGUUUGCAGGUUACUUGUGUCUUCCUGAGCUGUAAGCACUGUGGCAGUGCCCAGCUCUGGCUCUUCAGUCUGACACUGCCUUACGCUCUCGCUGACACCCCUGCUUCUGCUCUUUUGCACAUAGCUAUUUGUGUAAUAAGCUGGACACUGAGGGCUGCCUCCCCCAAACUCUGGGGUCAAUCAAUGUGGACACUCUGCCAUUUACCAAAAAAAAAAAAAAAAAAAUAAAAGGGAAAAGGAACUAACUUGCACAGUUUUCGUAAGGGAAUAUGUACCUUCAAUAUUUUGAUUGUAUUGAUCUAACUCUUGAAUGUGGCGACCAGUUUAAGUGCACUAUUGUCCAUGUUGCAUAUGAUAUAACUUAAAUUGCACUGUACAGCAUAUUGGCGUCUAAUGUAUGCUUUGCUAAAGCCUUGGAAAGUGCUAUCGUGUACAGGUUCCUGUAUGAGGGGAAAAUGUCUACACUAGCACUCCCUUUUUUUGUAACUGUGUGACAUUGAGUAGCACUGUGUGACUUGUGCUAUGUAUCUGUUAACUAGUACAAAUUUAAGUGAUGAGUGCACUUCUGUCCAAACAUCUGGAAUUGCUAAUUGGACUUGGC